UCUCAGAGAGUGCAGUGUGUACAGUCGGAUACGGUUUUUGGUUUGGGGCAAUAGUCGUCCGCUCAGGCAAAGGAGAUUGCACUUUGGAGGUUUUGCCAAACUGCCAGCGAUCGAGACGGGGUUUGGACGUGUAUGCACGCGGGCCGCACGUACACAAGCACUGCCUUGACAUAUCAGUCUCAUGGAACCAGAUAGCUUGGUUUAUGGUUAUCAGAAGAAAUUAAUCUCAGUGUAACUGGCUUUUUUGUUUAGUGAACUGAUUUGAACGACUAACACCUUGAAGUUUAACAGGUAUCACUUUGGAUGCAUCACUACCGCCACAGACAACCGCCACAGACUCUAACUCGUUUUGGUCCAUUUUGAGAAGGGCAAAGUAUCGUACCAGAGACCACUGAAUUUGGCACCGUGCAUGUCGGUGCAGCAAACCCAGGAGAUCAACUUGCUGAACCAGACUCAAAUUCAGAUCGCCAGCUACAACAGAAGACUGGACUUAACUUAUACAGCCAAUCAGAUUCGGUCUAUCGAGAUGCACUGAGAACCUGUCAUAUCCAACGGCGUCUUAAGAGGAACGCAGCGCUUCAACUGCAGACCCACUUCCACGGUCUCCAGCAUAGCUUCGACAGACAACCUCACGUAUCUGAAAGAUCAAGCUUCAAACAGUGUACUAGAAAGAACAGCCGAAAAUCAAACAUCUGUUAAACUUUUCCAAGACGAAAAAGUGUGUCCAAACUGCGUAAAUAAGAACACAUAAAUAAGAUCAGACGCAUUACUAGAGCUUUACAAUUGGUACGAACCACCCUGUACUGCACAAAUUGAAGUUAAAGUUACCGUCGCAAAAGGAGCAAAAAUCUUUCGAAUUUGAGCGAGGAAAGUCGACUUAGACACCGAAUGAUGAAGUUGAACGGCAGGGCAGCGUCACCGGCGCGCACCGUGGACUCUCACGCGGGGGCUCCGCUCAAAAGAACGGUCAGUGUCAUCAGCCGGAAUCACGCCGAGCCGGCCAAGAAGUCUGCUCGCACGGAGGAAGAAUGCAAGCUGACCAAGCUAGAGCUAACCCCUAUACUGACUGAGGAUGAAGGAGAGACGUUUCCAUCCGACGAAUCAGAAGAGGAAGAAGAUGAAGAAGAAGAGGAAGAAACUAGAGAUAAGAAGCAUGAGCGAGAGAGCACAUCUUCCAGUCAGCCUAAACGAUCCGUGGCCCAGAUGAUGAAAGACAAGAAGAAGCAGACGUCUCUCACGCUCCACUGGUUGGAGGAGAACUACUGCAUGUGCGAGGGCGUGUGUUUACCGCGUUGUAUCCUCUACGCGCAUUACCUGGACUUCUGCCGGAAGGAGAGCCUGGAGCCUGCAUGUGCCGCCACUUUCGGCAAGACGAUUCGUCAGAAGUUUCCGCAUCUUACUACCAGACGCCUCGGGACGCGUGGACAUUCCAAAUAUCACUACUAUGGCAUCGGUAUUAAGGAGACGAGUGCGUACUAUCAUUCUGUCUAUUCGGGCAAGGGUCUUACAAGGUUUUCUGGAGCCAGACUGAAUAACGAGGGAGGCUUCACCAGGAAGUACUCUCUGGCUUCCAAGACUGGCACCUUGCUUCCUGAGUUCCCCAGCGCAGCAUCGCUGGUCCUACCAUACAGCAUCCCAAAGGAAAAGGUGGAGACCCUGCUAAUGAUGUACAAGACACACUGUCAGUGCAUCUUGGAUACGAUUAUCAACUCAAAUUUUGAAGAGAUCCAGAAUUUCUUGCUGCAUUUCUGGCAAGGCAUGCCAGACCAUCUGCUGCCGUUGCUAGACAGCUCGGUUAUCAUCGACAUGAUCUGCAUCUGCGACUCCAUCCUAUACAAAACAACGGUGGAGAUCCUGAUACCAGCGACGAUGCAGGAAAUGCCUGAAGGACUCUUGGCUGAUAUUCGUAACUUUGCUAAACAUUGGGAGCAGUGGUUAUGCUCAUCGUUGGAACACCUUCCGGAGGCCGUCAGCCAGUCUAAACUUCCUGUGGCUAGACGCUUCGUCCAGUCGUUAAGAAGACAGACAUCAUUUCUUCAUUUAGCUCAGACGUCUAGGCCAGUGUUAUUCGAUCAACAGUUGAUCGAUCAGAUGAUUUCUGAUUUGGAUAAAGUGGAUCUGCACAGCAUCGGCUCCCAGGCGCUACUGACGGCUUCAACGGACGAGUCAGACAUGGAGCUCAAUGCAGAAUUCUUGAAGGAGUUUAAAGAGUUACUGAAGAAGCAGGCGACGGUGGAAGCCUUCACGGAGUGGCUGGAUCAGGUUGUUGAGAGCAAAGUUAUCAAGCCCGGUAAACAGAACGGAAGAUCCAUGAAGAAACGAGCACAAGACUUUCUCCUCAAAUGGUCGUUCUUCGGCGCCCGGGUCAUGCACAACCUGACGCUCAAUAAUGCACAGAGCUUCGCCUCGUUCCAUCUCAUUCGGAUGUUACUGGACGAGUACAUCUUACUUGCUGUCGAGCAACAAUUUAACACUGAGAAGGAUAACGAUCUACAGAACCGACUGGAGAAACACAUGAAGGUUGCUGGUAAGAACGAUCCCAACAACCCACAAAGACCUUUAUCGAACCAACCAGGCACGUGCUUCUUGGCGAACCGCAACAACAUCAUGUCUCGUCCGAACCAAGGAUUUUCAGACCAAUCUCCGGUCAAACGAGAAGACUAUGUCGAACGGUAUCCCGGUGGUACAUACACCGGACACACGGUCAUUGCUGAGAAAGACUCCUAUACGAUCCCUGGACAUUAUGGCACUCAACCGUCCAUGCCUAGCCCAGGCAGUGCCGCAAGGAGCAAUGCUAUGUUAACUCCGCCCAUCUCACCAAUCGUGGUCAACCCAAUGCGCAACUCAGUCAUCAACCAGGGUCACGUGGGCGUCAACGCGCGCAAUCCAACCAAUCCCUCCUCCCUCGUGCCUCCCGCAAUGCACCACGGCGCGUAUCCCUACCUGGGUCACGUGGGGCAAAACCAGGAUCCUUAUUCGUCGGGCAGGGCGCAGGGAUAUCUAGGGCCGUACCAGGGAGGCGGUUGCUACCCGCCCGCCAUGUUUCACUCGAACUACUCCCCCGCUGCAUAUCACUCCAAGAACGACGCGGACGCAGCACCGACGUAUCCCUACGCGGAUCCUCAGUACCGUGACGACGGCUACUACAACAGCUGUGCAAUGGGGACAGGACACCACGUGGAGGGCGGAGUGAUACAGGCAACGGGUGCGGUGCACGGCAGCAGUGCCUUCAAUGUUGUGGGCAAUAUACCGUCUACCUACGCCUUUACAAAUGGAUACCAAAAUGCAGGAUACUACUCACAAGGUGCUUACAACCAUGAACAUCCGGGUCACAAGGACGUGGAGCACGUGUCUGUCAUCAGCAGCACGCAUGCGCAGAGGGUGCGACCCGAGAGAGGACAUGCGCAGUUCAACGAGAUCAACGAUCCGUUGAAUAUUUUAGAUCGUCCGGCAGUGACGAGAGGAAACAAAGAGGAUCUCAUCUACGGUGUGACGAGCCAGGCUAGCUGCCAUGAUCCUACAGGUAACCAGGCGUCACAGUCCCCAUCAUGCAACGGGGUUCGACGUCACCCUGAGAAUCUGAUUGGCCAGAGCGACUACAUUCCGGUGCCAGGGGUCAGCAUGUACCACGACACCACGGGGGAGAUCCGACCGAUCGUAUCCAAUCAACAUAGCACUUCGCACGCAAGCCAUCACCCUCAACCAAACGGCACCCCUAUUGAGAAUAAUGAGCAGGGCUCGUCACUUCCGCCAAUCAAUACAGUCUUUAAUAUAGAUGGUUAGAAGCCAAUGCACCGAUUUAAGCCAAAGCAGAUUUCAAAUGUUUAACUUUGAGAAUAGGUGAUAACAUUUUGUUUGGACUUUUCUACAAAUAAAACUUUCAACUUGUUGGUACGUUAUGUACAAAUUCUGAUUAACUAGGGGCAAAAACUACCAUGAUUAUAGUGCAUUGGUUUCUCAAAUUGAUCUUCAUUAAACACCUCAUUAAAUCCUUGUCAUCUGAUUGGUGGGUUUUUGAUUACGUGGGUCGUUGAUCACGUUGGUAAAAACGAUUUGACCAAAUGAUAUAAUAAUCAUUUUUAUAACGUUCGAGCUUUUUCCCUACAGAUAUAUAUUUGUACAUAUUAACAUUAAAUUAAAAAAAAACACUACACAAAGGAAUUUUGUACAAAGGUGAUAUUUUGCCGUGCCCCAACAAAAAAUAAAUAGUUUUGGUUCUUUAAGAUAAUCUAUACGAAUUGAUAAUUCAUUCGUAAAACAAUCUUUGGUGAAAAUACAAAAAGAGCAACUUUUAUUUAUUCCCAAGUGACCGGUUUUUUUUUUGGUGCCGGGAUUGUUUUUUGGUACCGUGUGAAUGUUCAUUGCAUUCGUGUUUCCAAUGCAACAAAUUAGUUCAACAUAAUACUUGAAACGCAACUCCUCACUUCCCAACGAUUUUAUUCAUCUACAAUUUUCAUCACAAACAGUUUUUGAAUAUGUGAUUAUAGUAACAAGUUUCAUAAAAAAAUAUCCCUUCAAAUUAUUCUUUCUGGCUUGCUGUCAUUUGGAAAAAAAUAAAGAAAUGUACAUGUAGGUGAUUUCCAACUAUCAGUAAAAUUGACUGACUUUUGGAAAUAAAAAGUGGUGUGGACGAAAUCCCCAAAAGUGUCAUAUCCACUGAGCUGAAACUUCAACAGCUUUAGUUUGGAACAUUCUUCUUUGGAUUUUGAGUGGUGUUAUCGUUGGAAACAAACAAAAAUGCAAAUGAUUUUAUAUGCCUUUAAUAUUAAGCUUCUGAUCUUGUGAUGGAAUAUGUUGGAAUUUGUUGGAAUUUGUUUUAAUUUAAUACCAUCCCAUUUUGAUUGCGUAAUCACAUCUUGGGCUUUCAAUGUGACACAAACCUUGUAAAAAGUUGAUCAAAAUUUUAACAGUAGGUUUUUUAUCAUAUAAAAAUAGUUCGAAACGUGUAUAUAAACUGAUUGUUUUGUGUAUGGUUAUUGUUUUGUUAUAAAGAGUUAUAAGAUUCUGCAUUUUGUUAUAGACUGAUUUUAUAAGAUCCCUAAGAACUUGAGGUAAAUUAUAACAAAUGACUUCAUUUUUAACAGUUGUAGAUAUGUUAUGAAUGGAACAAUCCGUCCAAGUAUGUACUGUCAGUCAAAAUAGCUAUUUUUCAGUUAACUUAUAGAAUUUUUAUUUAGUGUUCUUAUAACAGUGUAAACGAAAGUACUUCGAAAUCAAAAAAUAAACCAUACUGUGAAUCAACCA